CCAUGAAAGGUGCUAGAGGUCCACGCUCUGCACACCCACAAAUUAACCCUCUCCUCUCCCUCUGCACGUUUUAUUCAGCGAGGUAAUGCACCGGUUAAUAUGGUCUCAGAGUGUACCAGCGCUCUGUGCUGUGUAAUUGAUAAAGCUACUCUACUCGGGCUUGAUAUCUAAAGAGGUUAAUUCAGCUGACUCCUCCCAGCUUUGCCAUUUAUCGUAUUAAUAAUCACACCACUUGAGCUUCGUCUUAAAAGAGGGAGUGUUGCUCGAGAGUACCGGAAAACCGCAAGGAGCUGUCUCCAUUACGCGUGGUGCUGAAAGUGGCACUGGCCGCAUCAUGUGGUCGGUCUUCUUUGUCUUUCUGUCUUAUCUGGACAGAAACUUUGUCAAAGGCGACUUCCUGAGCCGAGCUUUGGACGCAGAGAAGGAGAGCAAAGAGAUGUUCUCCAUGCUCAACGGCACCUUUUGCGCAAAAAUGUCAACCGUGAGGGAGAGUUUCCUCUACCAGGUGUCAGACGGAGCCGAGAUGGUGCGCUCCGUCGUCAGCCCCGCCGGGAAGCUCGUGAACUGCUCUGUCACAAUGAACCAGAUGCAGGUGAAGUCGUUCAUGCAUGAGUGCAGGUUGGGACUGAAAGAACAGAGAGCCGGGCAGCAGCUGGAGACGCGCUUUGCGCACAUGGAUGAAGCCAAACUGAUGUGCCGGGAGUUUAAAGAGAGGUCGGAGCGCAGCGGCAGGGUGAAAAAGGAUGAGAGUGAUGACUCUGCGCUGCAGGACAAGGUUUUAAAAAGAUCCAAGAGAGGCUUCACUUAUCCUGGGACCCUGUGGUGUGGAGCUGGAAACAUGGCUGAUCAUUAUGACCAGCUGGGAGACUUUGAAGAGACGGACAGCUGCUGCCGCACCCAUGACCACUGCCCUCACGUCAUCCAUGCCUUCUCCUCUAAAUAUGGCCACACUAAUUUCAAGUGGCACUCCAUCUGUCAUUGUGACUGUGAUAAUGCGUUGAAAGAUUGUCUGAGGAAAGUCAACGACACAUCUUCCAGGGUAGUUGGUCAGGCUUUCUUCAAUGUCAUCGGUGUGCCUUGCUUUGAGUUAGCCUAUGAAGAUCAGUGUGCAGAGCGGCACUGGUAUGGCAUGUGUAAACGGUAUGAGAAGUUUCCAGUUGCUGUGCUGAAAGAGGCGGUCCCAUAUGACUUUGGUGGCAUUGAUGUCAUCGAUGUGCUGACAGUGGGUCCUCCCAAAGCCAAAGAUUUGAAGAAAAGCAAAAAAGAAGAAAAACCAGAGAGCACAACACAGUCAACAAUGUCAAGCCCUGAAGAGCCUUCACUUGGAAACGUUGUCACCGCUGCAGAGGACUUCAUCAAGGUCCUCGCUACCGUCUCCACCUCUCAGAGCUCCACCACUGACUCUGAUAAAAGUGAGACUCAAAGCUCAGAGAAGAAGAAGAGGAAGAACACAGGGAGGAAGAAGGAAACCACCAAAAAGCGAAAAGGAAAAGGAAAAGGAAAAGGAAAGGGGAGGAGGAGAAAGCAGAAAGCAGAGGAGGGAGCUACAGUUUUGCCUUCUUCAGCAGAAGAAGUCGUCAGUCUGAGUAACUCCAUCAGUGAGGCAGACAAACAUGAGCAGUCAGGUAGAAACACAAACAGAGUUGGUGACAGUGAAUAUGAGCUUGAACGAAAAGAGCCCUUCAAUGACGUCAUGAAAGAUGAACCAGCGAUGGAUAAGGAGACUGUUUCCAUUUCGUCAUCUACGACAGUCCAGAGGAAACCAGCAGAGGCCGCAGAAGAGGUCACUCUUUCUACGCCAGCAAGCAUCAAUCCACACAGAGCUAACACCACAAAGCUCAGAAAGGGUAAGAGAAAGAAAAGCAAGCAUUUCCCUCGCCCUUCUUCUGAAGACUUUGUAACAAACACAACAGACAACUUCAGAGCCAUUUCUGUCCCCACCAUCAUUACCAUAACCCCAACCACACAGCUCGAGCAGCAGGGCUUUGUUGUCAGCACUGCCAGUGCCCCCAUUGUAAUCCCCAAAGUCAAAAGGAACAGGUCAAAGGAGAGAGGAGACAGAGGGGGCAGAAAAAAAAGGAGGAAACUCAGCUCGGCUUCACCCAUUGAGGUCGCUGCCCAUGAAAAUUCCUCCGCAGCCAAUCUGAAAGUGAUCCCUCCCUCCGGGGCUCCCACCAUGCCGUCAGUGCCCACCACAGAGACACAGGUUUCACACAGGAUAGACAUCUAUGGAGGGAAAUCGACCGUCCAAGUUUCGGCUCUGAACUCCUCUGUUAGUGUUCUGAAAAGGCAAAAGUCGAAAGGACCGAGAAGCAGGAGGAGGAAAACAGUUUUGCCCCUUUUGUCAAGUGAAAGCCUACCUAUUCUUGAAACUCCAGAGACAGGUGAUCCACUGGGCAGCCCUACGACCACUGCUGCAGUUAGCAGGCCUAUGGAAGAAACAGAAACUCACAGUGAAUGGAGGCUUUUUACCACUAUCCCCAUGGCCCCUUUUAUCAAUACAAAGCCACACAGACAGCAGAGGAAACCAAAAAAGAAAGCCAUGGCUGCUGCUCUCAGUGAGGGAGUUUCAAUCCCUAAACAAACUGAACAAACACCAAUGACUUUUACAACCACACCACCCAAAGCUGCCACCACUGAAGAGCUCAAUCUACAGAGAUCUGAAAACCUCCAUGUGACCACCUCUGCAACUCCGUUCAUGAGUCCAAUUCAGUUAUCUAUUGAGAGAGCAAAAGCACAAUUCACCAUAAAGAAGAGGAGGAAAGCAGCACGGUCUGCAAUGAACCAUGUGAUGCAACAGGAGCACAGAAUAAGUUAAAAAAAAAACACUUAGCUGGUUAGCUCACUUCGCUCAGAUAAACUUAAAUGCUACAUCACUAUAUUUACAGUAUAAUCUUUUCUGGCUCAGAAGUUAAAUCACAGAAAUGGACAGAAACCAUAUUUGAUUGUUAUGUGAGAAUCAGUUCUUGUAAUACUGUUUUCUGCAUGUCUACAAUAAAAAUUUCCAAAUGAUUCUAUGAAUGUAUCUGACACUGUUUAUAUCUGCUGAUGAAAUAAAGUAACAUAUUUGUCA